UCAGCCAGUGGCUGACGCACUACGCACAGCGGGAACGCUAGAUCACCAAUGGCGGCACGGAUAUGGCGCCGCGGGCGGGGUUUAGGCCGAAAGAGGCGCCGGGGCAGCGCCUGUUAGUGUCGUCCUCACCGUCACGGCGGGCGCCUCUUCCUGGAUUCAUUCAUUCGUUUUUGCAUUCACGAAGGUAGUAAGGCCUAGUUGAAAGCCAUGGAGAGCGCUUUUCCUGCCGCCGGCUUCUUGUACUGGGUAGGCGCAGGCACCGUGGCCUACGUGGCCCUGCGCAUCUCGUACUUGCUCUUCACGGCCCUUCGGGUCUGGGGUUUGAGUCACGAGGCCGGGGUCGGACCCAGGCUCGGAGAAUGGGCAGUUGUCACAGGUGGUACUGAUGGAAUUGGAAAAUCAUAUGCAGAAGAGUUAGCGAAACAUGGAAUGAAGAUUGUCCUUAUCAGCAGAUCACAGGAUAAACUGAAUCAAGUUUCCAGUGAAAUAAGAGAAAAAUUCAAAGUGGAAACAAGGACCAUUGCUGUUGACUUUGCAUCAGAAGAUAUUUAUGAUAAAAUUAAAACAAGCUUGGCAGGUCUUAAAAUUGGUGUUUUAGUGAACAAUGUGGGAAUGUCAUAUGAGUAUCCCGAAUACUUUUUGGACGUUCCUGACUUGGACAACACCAUCAAGAAUCUGAUAAAUAUUAAUGUUCUUUCUGUUUGUAAGAUGACACGAUUGGUGCUGCCCGGUAUGGUGGAAAGAUCUAAAGGGGCAAUUCUGAACAUUUCCUCUGCCAGUGGCAUAGCCCCAGUUCCACUGUUGGCCAUCUACUCUGCAACCAAGGCUUUUGUGGAUUUCUUCUCUCAGUGCCUCCAUGAGGAAUAUAAGAGCAAGGGCAUCUUUGUGCAGAGUGUCCUGCCGUACUUCGUAGCUACAAAGCUGUCGAAAAUCCGAAAGCCAACUCUGGAUAAGCCAUCUGCAGAGACGUACGUGAAGUCUGCAAUGAGAACGGUGGGCUUGCAGUCCCGAACCACCGGAUACCCGGUCCAUUUUCUUAUGGGCUCAAUACUUUCAAUUAUGCCUACCUGGCUGUAUUUUAAAAUGACCAUGAUUUUUGUCAAGUCCACGCGGGCUCGCUAUAUGAAGAAAGCCAAGAAGAACUAAGCAUUGGUAACUGCCCUGAGUAGCUUGGCCAGCGGUGCCGGCCUACGCGUGUUUACGGCAAGGCACCCACCUCUCUCCAAAGUCUGCGGUUGUCAUUUUAUCAGUUACUAAUAAGGCUAAAUGUUGUCAUAAUUGGGACGAAAGCAAAGUUGCCUUUAGGAGUUCUGGCCAUAUAUUUUGAAUACUGCCAGGAGUUAUUUUGAAGUUUAAUAUAAAUGUUCCUAUCAAAUGGACAUAGGACUAAUGCUAGCAAGAACAGUGUAAUCAGAAGGAACAUGAUUUUGGCAAAUCACAGAAUGAUUGAGUCAGACAUAAUGCUUCAGUGGUUUCAUUUGGCCCAAAAAUGCCAAUGAUGAUGGUUCUUGUAUUUUCUCUGAAUUAUACUUUAAAAAGUAAUGGCCAGCUACUCUUUUUGUUUGUUAUUAACACUUCGAGGGAGUGGAGAUUAAUUGAUUCCCUAAUGGGAGGACACACUGUAAUACGCAUCGCUAUGAGGUUUUCUAAAAGUAUGUCCCAGUUUGUACAUUUAUGUGGAAAUUUUGUUCUCAAAGGUAGCUGAUGGCAUAAAAAUAAUACACGAAAUAUGGAGUUACUUUUGACACAUGAAGCCCACUAAUACAUGCUUUCCUCUAACACAUAUUUCUUCUCAGUUUCAAUGCGUGUAAAUACUGAAAGCUAUAUGGUAUGAUUUAUAAAGGUAAAUGGACUAAAAAAUACAUUGAGAUGAGCAGCCACCUACAGUGCCACUAAAUCCCUGACCCAGGAGAGUGGCCUGCUUGAACCCCAGCCUCCUUUGUUUCUGUACUACAUCAAUCCUGUUCACAUAUGUGACUGCAGGCUUUUCCUAAAACAGUAAUGAUAAUGGAGAAGUGAUAAAUCGAUACCCUGUAGAUAACAAUCUGACUAGUUUUAAUAAAAAGUGAUUUAACCGCAGUGAUGAUUGAAAAUGUAUUUCUUCGGUGCUUGAAAUUAAGGCUGUUUUUACACUGGCUUACUAUAAGUGAAGACUUAUUUUUAUCCUCCUCCAUAACUUGUUUGAGGGAAAUCACCAAGAAAUAAUUCAGUAUUGUGAGACAUGUAACACGGAAGGUAGGUAGGUCUUUACCGAGGCUGUGGUUCCUAAGCUCUGAGUUUUAAACACCAGGAGAUUUGUUUAAAAAAAAAAAAAAGUAAUUGCAGUGUUUAGGUGUUUCUAGCUUUUAGUUUUGCCAGCUAAGGACAUAAAACAAAAACAGGAAGAUCCAUUAGCAUCAUUACAUAGAAGAAAAGACAUUUUAGCACCCAAAAAUUAAGAACAUAAUCUCAGAAUCAUUUAAACUGAAUAAACGUAGUUUUAUGAAAAACA